AUUAUUGUCUCAAGUUUUAGUUUCAGAGAAUUCCAGUUUGCACAGACAAUGAUAUUUGCUGUGGGAGAAAUAAACAAAAAUCCUAAUAUUCUGCCUGGAGUUUCCCUGGGAUACAAAAUCUACAAUAAUUGUGGAUCUAUGGACAUACUGAGAUCCGCACUGGCCUUGGUGAGUGGGCAUGAAAGCUCAAAUACAAGAAUAAUGUGCAACUCUUAUAACCCAAGAACAGUCCAAGCCAUUAUUGGGCAUUCUGGGUCAACACCUACGAUAGGCAUUGCGAGGACUGUUGGAAGUUUUCAUAUUCCAGUGAUCAGUCAUUUCGCUACCUGUGCUUGCCUGAGCAGCAGAAAAGAGUUCCCCUCCUUCUUCAGGACAAUUCCAAGUGAUUACUACCAGAGCAGAGCACUGGCACAUCUAGUCAAACACUUUGGAUGGACUUGGGUGGGGGUUUUAAGUAACGCAAAUGACUAUGGACUGAACGGCAUUGCUAUGUUUAUUACAGCAGCUCGUGCAGAAGGUAUUUGUAUUGAAUACUCUGCAGAUUUUGAGAGCACAAGUCCACAUCAAGAGAUACUCCGAAUUGUGGACAUCAUCAAAAACUCCACAUCAAAGGUGAUAAUAGCAUUCAUGUCCCACAGAGAGAUUAAGGUUCUUGUGGAGGUAUUACAUAAACAAAGUGUUACAGGACUGCAGUGGAUUGGCAGUGAUGCUUGGAUCACAGACAAUUCCCUCACAGAUAGCCUAGGACACACUUCUCUGAUCGGUUCAAUAGGUUUCACUGUACCCAAGGCUAAAAUUCCUGGAUUGGGGCACUUUUUACAAGAAGUCAGCCCCUCACAAUUUCCCAACAGCAUGUUUAUUAAAACCUUCUGGGAAAGUGUGUUUAACUGUUCCCUACAUCCAGUCAUGGGUCAGAGGACAUGUAAUGGCGCUGAGCAUUUAAAAGAUGUAGAAAACCUUUUUACUGAUGUGUCUGAUUUGAGUUUCACCAACAAUGUCUACAAGGCUGUUUAUGCAGUAGCACACGCCUUGCACAAUCUACUAUUAUGUGUGCAAAGCAAUGGUUCAUUUUCUAAUGUAAACUGCACUGAAUUUUCCAAAAUAAAUCCUUGGGAGGUUUCAAACUCCUUGCAGAAUGUAAAUUUCAUCACACCUCAAGGGGAAAGUGUAUUUUUUGAUAAAAACGGAGAUUCACCAGCAAGAUAUGAGUUGAUUAACCUGCAACGAGCCUCUGAAGGCACCAUGAAAGCAGCAACAAUAGGGUACUAUGAUGCAUCUUUGCCUAAAGGCCAGCAGUUAACUAUGAAUGGAAUACAAAUUGUCUGGAAAGAGGGAAGCAAAAUGGUUCCAGUGUCUAUGUGCAGUGAGAGCUGUCCCCCAGGUACCAGGAAGGCUGUUCAGAAAGGGAAGCCUGUCUGCUGCUUUGACUGUAUACCAUGUGCACCAGGAGAAAUGAGCAACUCAACAGAUUCACUUAACUGCUUAAAAUGCCCCUUGCAAUAUUGGUCAAACACAAAAGGAGAUGCCUGUAUUCCAAAAGAAGUUGAAUUCUUGUCAUAUGAGGAAAAAAUGGGGAUAGUGCUUGUUCUUUUUUCUCUGGUUGGGGCCUUUUUCACUAUUCUAACCAAAUUUAUUUUCUAUUGUUUUAGAAAUACUCCCAUAGUUAGAGCCAACAACUCAGAGCUGAGCUUCCUGCUGCUCUUCUCUCUGACUCUGUGUUUCCUCUGUUCACUUACUUUCAUUGGUCGGCCCUCUGAGUGGUCCUGUAUGCUGCGUCACACAGCAUUUGGUAUCACCUUCGUCCUCUGCAUCUCCUGUGUUCUGGGGAAAACAAUAGUGGUGUUAAUUGCCUUCAGGGCUACACUUCCAGGCAGUAAUGUCAUGAAAUGGUUUGGGCCUCCACAGCAGAGACUCAGUGUUCUUGCUUUCACUCUCAUACAGGUCCUUAUUUGUGUGCUUUGGUUAAUAAUAUCACCGCCAUUCCCAUAUAUGAAUAUGGAUUAUUACCAAGAAAAAAUCAUCCUAGAAUGUAAAUUAGGUUCAUCCUUCGGUUUCUGGGUUGUACUGGGAUACAUAGGACUCCUAGCUAGUUUAUGUUUUAUUUUGGCAUUUUUAGCACGGAAGUUGCCUGAUAACUUUAAUGAAGCCAAAUUCAUCACAUUCAGCAUGCUCAUAUUCUGUUCAGUUUGGAUUGCAUUUAUUCCAUCUUAUAUCAGCUCUCCUGGAAAAUUUACUGUAGCUGUGGAGAUAUUUGCCAUUUUGGCCUCAAGUUAUGGUUUAUUAUUCUGUAUUUUUAUACCAAAAUGCUAUGUGAUUUUACUAAGACCUGAAAUGAACACUAAAAAGCAAGUCAUGGGGAAAACCAAAUGA